GAACACACAAUGUUCUUAUUAUGAAUGAUUUGUAUCAGCUUAUGGUAAAUAAGUUCAAGAUGUAAGGUACAGGGAACAACCCAACUUAUGUAAAAAACCAACAGGCCCAUUCUUGGUGACUUUGGUUAGAUCACCAAAGGAAAAGUGCUGAAUCCAGGAAGUGAUGGGGAUACCUUGAUUAAUAACAUUCCACCAAGAAGCUCAAUUAAUUUGGAGAUUAAUGAUGACACCAGCAAGAUACAAAUUGAACAGAUGAUGGGGGAAUGAAGUUUUCUUCCUGAGACAUUGUGAUCAACUUUCUACAUUCUCUGGAGAUUAGCCUUUCUCUAAUUCAAGUGAGCGAGUGCUUCUCAGAUCAGAAUUAUGUAGAAAGGACAAAAACUAAAAAGAGCUACUGAUGUCAGAGAAGUGGGAGAGAAAGGGUGACAUGGUUUUAGAUGCAAUCAAUGUGGUCCAACUUGCCAAAAUGAAGUUCAAUCCAUCCGUGACCUCAGACCAAAGCAAGAAUCUCAAGAGACGCUUCAAUAUGCCCUUGCAAAUCCAGCACAAGAUUAUGUUGUCCCCACUCUCCAAGGAGCUGAGGCAGAAGUACAAUGUCCACUCAAUGACCAUCUGGAAGGACGACGAGGUCCAGGUGGUUCGUGGACACUACAAAGGUCAGCAAAUUGGCAAGGUAGUACAGGUUUACAGAAAGAAAUACGUCAUCUACAUUGAGUGUGUGCAGCAUGAAAAAGCUAAUGGCACAACUGUCCAUGUGGGCAUUCACCCUAGUAAGGUAGUUAUCACCAGACUAAAACUGGAUAAAGAUUGCAAAAGGAUUCUUGAACAUAAAGCCAAAUCCCGACAAGUUGGAAAGGAGAAGGGCAAAUAUAAAGAAGAAACCAUUGAAAAGAUGCAAGAAUAA